AUGAGUACCUGUAGCCGCAAAAGGGUUGUUUCCGAUGACCUAGAGCAGAGCGGUGCAAAGACCUCGCAACAAGGAUUUAUAGGGACCGAAAACCAUGGCAUUGACACCAGGGGAAUCGCCGUCUCAACAAACGAGUUGUACGAGCGAAAAGUUGCGUUGAUGAACCAAGCUCUCAUUGGCAUUGGUAUGGGACCCUUCCAGUGGAAGAUUUUUGCAAUGACUGGCUUUGGAUGGUUUGUGGAUAAUUUUUGGAUGCAAGCUAUUACCAUAAUCAGCGCUCCAGUCAGAAAUGAAUUUUCUGUCCAGCGCAUCGCGUUCCUCACCGUGGCUAAAUACGCAGGCCUCGUCGUCGGAUCAUCGGUUUGGCCUAUAACGGCUGAUUUCAUCGGUCGACGGCUGGCAUUCAAUGUUACACUCUUGAUAUCAGCGGUAGCUGGACUCGUUGGGGCCGGAAGUCCAAACUUCGUGGCCAUUUCGGUCUUCUGCGCUUUUAUUGGUCUCGGAACCGGUGGAAAUCAACCCGUCGACAGUGCUAUUUUCCUGGAGUAUAUACCAGCUACACACCAAUAUCUUCUCAUCAUGCAAUCAGCGUUUUGGUCUGUUGGUCAGACUGUCGCUGCCCUUAUUGCCUGGCCAUUGAUUGGGAACUUCUCAUGCUCUUCUGAUGCAGCCAAGUGUCUUUAUGCUGACAAUAUGGGUUGGCGAUAUACAUUCUGGACUUUCGGCGGUCUGACAAUGGCCAUGUUUUUGCUUCGCUUUUGCUUUCGGAUUUACGAGACCCCGAAGUACCUGCUUGGCAAAGGUCUCGAUCGUGAGGCUGUUGAUGUCGUGCAAAAGAUUGCUGGUAGGAAUGGUGGAACGACAUGGCUCACUCUAGGGCACUUCGAAGAGAUAGACGCGGAGAUCGGGUCCGCAGAAAGCUCCAACAUACAAGCAUCGAAUCAUGCCAACAUCAUCCUUCGCACCAUGGCGAAGUACAAACCCGAGAAGCUACGCACUCUCUUCUCAACUCCCCGUCUCGCUCUCUCCACUGCUCUGCUCAUAUUCCUCUGGUGCUCUGUCGGGAUGGCCUAUCCCCUGUACAACUCUUUCAUUCCGAUCUUUCUAGAAAACAAAGGUGUUUCGCAAGGUGACUCCUCCAUCUCCACUGCCUACCGGAACUACGCCAUCCAAGCUGUAUGUGGCAUUCCCGCCUCUCUCCUCGGAGGGUUAAUCGUCGAUCUAAAGCGCAUUGGCCGAAAGGGUACCGGGACCCUGGCAUGUUUGGGCACCGGUGUUUUCCUCUUUCUGUUCACGUGUGCAAGUUCCGAAGCCGGGGUCAUCGGAUUCACAUGCGCUAUCUCGUUCUUUCAGAAUCUCGUUUACGGCUUGUUGUAUUCAUACACGCCUGAAUUGUUCCCCGCCCCUGUCCGUGGGACUGCGAAUGGUCUGGUCGCGUUUUUCAAUCGACUGAGUGGGCUCAUGGCUCCGAUCAUUGCUGCGUAUAUUGGGAUUGAGACAGAUGUUCCAGUCUGGAUAUCUGCAGCACUAUUUAUUGUUGCCGGUGUCGUAUUUUUGAUUCUUCCUUAUGAGACACGCGGCAAGGCGGCCGCUUAG